AGACCUACGAAACAAUCAUGCUCAACUGGCAACCACAACCCGAGGGGCUGGCUCAGCUUACUCAGCUUCUCAGGGAUUCCAUGUCCGCGAACAACACUGUCCAAACUCAAGUCAGAGAGCAACUGGAGUCAUUCAGAAGUGUCCCGGACUACAACAACUAUCUCAUCUAUAUCCUGACGCAGAUGCCCCAGGAGUUGCCUACUACUCGUGCUAUUGCCGGAUUACUGCUCAAGACCAACAUUCAGUACCACUCUUCCGAAAUCAGAGAGGAUGUUCUUGAGUAUGUCAAGACCCUGUCCCUUCGUCACCUUGGAGAUCCCGAUCCAGAUGUUCGCAACACUCUCGGAACUGUCAUCACGACUAUCCUCUCCAGAAAGUCACUCAUGAGCUGGCCCGAGGUUUUGCCACAUUUGAUGGGAUUGUUGGAUUCCCAGGAUUCUAAUGUGGUCGAGGGUUCUUUCAAGGCACUGGCCAAGAUUUGUGAAGAUUCUGGCGAUGAACUUGACAUGGAGAUCAACGGCGAAAGGCCACUAAACUUCAUGAUUCCUAAAAUCAUCACCUAUUUCCAAUCGCCCGUUGUCACCAUCCGUGUCUGUGCCUUGACCUGCAUCAAUCAAUUUAUCACGAGAAAAUCGCAGUCAUUUAUGGUCAAUGUUGAUGCCUUUGUCGAAGGCUUGGGUCAUCUCUCUACUGACACUCAUCCUGAUGUUCGCAAACAUGUCUGCCAAGCCAUGGUCAUGUUGUUGGAAGUCCGACCUGACAAGCUUAUUCCACAGAUCAAUAAUGUUGUCGAAUACAUGCUCUACUCUACAAAGGAUGAUGAUGAGUCUGUGGCUCUGGAGGCAUGUGAGUUUUGGUUGGCUUUUGCCGAACAGGAUGCUCUCAAGGAACACCUGCGUCCCUACCUGAACCGCGUCAUCCCUGUUUUGUUGCAAGGAAUGGUCUAUAGUGAACUCGACAUUAUUUCACUUGAUGUUGAUGACGAAGACGCCAAUGUGCCUGACCGUGCUGAGGAUAUGAAGCCUCGCUUCCAUCAAGCUAGGACCCACACUACAGAGAAUGCCAACUCUGGAUCGGCUGAUAACGCUGGAGGAGACGCUGGAGGUAUUGGAGAUGAUGAUGAGGAAGAUUAUGAUGAGGAUGAGGAUGACGACGACAUCUAUAUGGAAUGGAAUCUUCGCAAGUGCUCAGCAUCUGCUUUGGAUGUUCUUUCAGCUGUUUAUGGCAACUCCAUGUUGGAUAUCCUCCUGCCCUUGCUUCAAACCGAGCUCUUCCAUAAAGAUUGGCAGCAUCGCGAGUGUGGUAUUUUGGCUUUGGGAGCUGUUGCCGAAGGCUGCAUGUCUGGUAUUGAGCCCCAUCUCCCUACGCUCAUUCCCUAUUUGAUUACUACCCUCAAUGAUCCAAAGUCGUUGGUCCGUGCCAUCACCUGCUGGACUUUGGGCCGUUAUGCUCGUUGGUGCGUUUACCCUACCAACCCUGAGGAUCGUCCCGUAUAUCUUGUUCCCUUGAUCGAAGGCUUGUUGAAAAUGGUCAGUGACAGCAACAAGCGUGUCCAGGAGGCAGGAUGCAGUGCUUUCGCUACCCUAGAGGAGGAAGCUUGUGAUGCUUUGGUGCCCUACUUGUUCGGCAUUCUUAAGACCUUGGUCCACGCAUUCUCGACUUAUCAGCAGAAGAACUUGUUAAUUUUGUAUGAUGCUAUCGGAACCCUUGCUGACAGCGUCGGAAAUGCUCUUAACAAGAAGGAGUACAUCGAUCUUUUGAUGCCAUGUCUCAUUGAGAAAUGGCAAAAACUCCAGGAUGAUGACAGAGAUCUCUUUCCUCUGUUCGAGUGCUUGUCAUCUGUCACAACAGCCUUGGUCUUUGAACGAUGUGUCAAGAUUGUUCACGCAAAUCUCAUGCAAGCUCAGAUGCACGCCCAGAAUCCCGAAAUCCCAGCACCAGACAAGGAUUUUAUGAUUGUUGCUUUGGACCUCCUUAGCGGUCUCACCCAAGGUUUGAACACCAGUGUGGAGAGCUUGGUUGCUUCCAGCCAGCCCAGUGUGCUCCAGAUCCUGAGCGUCUGCUUAGCUGAUUCUUCGGCUGAAGUUCGUCAGUCCUCAUAUGCCUUGUUGGGAGACCUCGCUAUUAGCUGCUUCAUGCAUAUUAAACCUUACCUGAACGCAUUCAUGAAUGAGCUCAUUGGACAAAUUCAGCCCAAUACCGAGCAUGUCUCUGUUUGUAAUAACGCCGCCUGGGCUGCAGGAGAAAUUGCCCUUCAAUACGGUGAAGGUAUGGGUGCCUGGGUUCAACCCCUUUUGGAGCGCCUGAUCCCCUUGUUGACAACUGAGACCACUCCUAGGACUUUGUUGGACAAUUCGGCCAUCACAAUUGGUCGUCUUGGAUUGGUUUGCCCACAGUUGGUUGGACCUCAUCUUGAGAUUUUUGCUGAGGCAUGGUGCCAUACCUGCCGCACCAUCCGUGACAAUGACGAGAAGGACACUGCUUUCCGUGGUCUGUGUGCUAUGAUCCAAGUUAACCCACAGGGCUUGAUCAAGAGCCUUGCCCCCUUCUGCGACGCUGUCGCUCAAUGGAGUGAGGUUCCUCAUGAACUUGAUCAACAGUUUGGAAAGAUUUUGCAGGGUUACAAGAACAUGAUGGGCGCCUCAUGGGAAGCCUUCGCUGCCUCACUGGCCCCUGAAACCAGAACUCGUCUUGCCCAGCGCUACGGAUUGUAAUGAAGCUUGAUCAUAUCAAGGAC